GUUAGACAAACAGACGAUAGACGUUAGACAGACGGACGAUAUACAUUAGACGAACAGACGAUAGACGAACAGACGAUAGACGAACAGACUAUAGACGAACAGACGAUAGACGAACAGACGAUAGACGUUAGACGGACGAUAUAGACGUUAGACAGAUAGACGUGAGCGAUACUGUAUCUUAGUAAAUAUCAAAAUUUUAGGCGUCUCGUUUGAUAUACUGUAAAACUGAGUGUAAAUGGAUUUUUAGUAGUGGAAUUUUCAAACGGAAAUUUAAACACAAUUCUUGACACAAUUUAAGGUAAGAAUUCUGAAUACAAAAAAUUCUUAAUUCACACCCUGUAUAAAUACCAAGAGAGGCAAAAUCCGCAAAACCUCAUUAGGUCUGGUGUCACUGUAUGCAGCUGACUGCUGGAUGAUGCGGUAAAAAGAAGGAGGGGAGAAGACUUUGUAGAGAAAGUUUGUGAAAAAGAUGGCAUGGAUGGUUAUAUAAGAAGAGAUGAAUGAGAGACAUUAUGGAGCUAAAUAUGAAGAGCAACAGAGGAGCAGGGGAAACCUAGGAAGAGAUAGAUAGACUGUGUAGAAGAUCUAAAUAUCAAGGGACUGACAGUGGAUAUAAAUAAGAUGUUCAAUAAGGAUGGAAGAUGGAAAACUUAGCCACACCGGAACAGCUGAAAGAAACUGGAAGAAACAUUUUUUGUAUUUGUCGGGCAAUAAAAUGUAUUUCAAGCAAAUGUUUGUCCCUUCCCCCCUGUAAUUUUUCCCUCCCGUACACCUAUGACAAGAAUAAUAAGAUCAAUAUUGUCGUGAACGUUUAUACAGUUACAUUUAUAGAUCAGUAGUGUUAAUAUUAUUAAGGAAAUGUACAAUUUGAUUGACACUUCGGAUAUAGUACAUAACAUGUGAGCGAGCGUUGACUUGAGAACGGAAAUUAUAACUUAAACAAAACGUGAUAUUAUAAAGUCUUUACUUCUUCGAACCGAUUGUGGGAACCAAACUAAACUUCACCACAAAGUGGUACCUUCGACCGGGAUUAUUUGGACUUAUAACUUGUGAAUUUAUCGGGAAUUUAUCGAGAGUUUAUCGGGGUUUGAGGAAGUAUUUUGACUACAAAAUCGAGCUAUGGUGACGAGACAACAAAGUCAGCGAAGAGAUCUUGAAGCCCAAGACGAACAGCAAUCGGGUUUAUCCAAGGAAACUGAGUCGAAACUGGUUAACUUACAGUCUUUACUACGGAAAUUAGCAUAUUUUAACCGAGCAACAGACGAGAUUUUGAGAGUGAAUUCGAAAGAGGCGAUAAUACGACAACAAACAACGCUAAAAACCAAGGUAAGCGAAGCGUAUGGUUUAAUUGAGCUUAUACAAUGCUUGAAAAUCGAUGCAGGCGAAUCUGACGAAACUAUUGGCGAGUGGACAAGCGAAAAUAAUGGCAGAUUACGUGAAUAUGAAGCGGCAAUCGAAGAGUUAAAUCGUAGGCUCUUAGACGAAGAGAAAACACAAAGGGAAAUUGAGCGCCAAGAGAAAAUUCGACAAGAAGUGGAAGCACGAGCUCUAAUAAGACAUGAGGAAGAACAGGCAGAAUUUGAAAAGCGUGCAAGGGAAGAAAAGUUUGCAUUAUCUUUGGAAGAAAACAAGUUGGAAAUUGCUUCUGCAAAACGGAUCAAAACAAAAUUACCUGAUUUACAAAUAUCAAAAUUUCAAGGAAGUCAUUUGGACUGGGUGCGGUUCUGGGGUUUAUUUGAGACCCAAAUUGAUAAAGCACCUAUGAAUGAUGAAGCAAAGUUUGCAUAUUUGAAAGAGCAUGUUGUAUCUAAAGUUAGGGUUACAAUCGAUAAAUUACCACUCAGCACCGAAGGGUAUGCAAAAGCGAAAAAGAUGUUAAAGGAACGGUAUGGUGAUACAAGUGAGGUGGUCAAUGCACACAUACAAGAAAUUAUUUCCCUACCUACCAUUAAUGGUACUUCAAAACAAAAGAUACAUAACUUUUAUGACAAUCUUGUCGGACACGUUCAAGCGCUUGAAACAUUCGGAAAACUAGGCGAUGUUGCGGGUAAUGUAAGGAUGACUUUGGAUAAGUUGGAAGGGAUUCGGGCUGACCUAACAAGAACCUCGCCAGAGUGGAAAAAGUGGACCUUCCAUGAGUUGGUUGAAGCAUUGCGACAAUGGAUUGAGCGAAACCCAAUACAACAAAGUGAGAAAGAUGCGAAGAAAGAUGGAUCACCAUGGAAAGACGGUAGGAAAGAUAGAUUAUUGUUAGCAAAGGAACAAUCUAGACAGUGUGUGUAUUGUGAAAGCAAAAGUCACAGAUCGGUAGAGUGCGAUAAAGUUGUGAGUGCAAGUGACCGAAAGAAAGUGUUAAGCAGCAAGCAUCUGUGUUUUAAUUGCACAGGCGAGAAGCAUAGAGCAAGUGAUUGUAGAAGUAGGAUCCAGUGUUAUAACUGCAAGCGAAGACACCAUACUUCUAUUUGUGAUAAACUAGAAGAUGGUCAAAAGCUGAUGUGCCAACCCAAUGGAAAUGAUGUUGUUUAUCCAGUUGUUGUAGUCGAGAUUGAAGGAGUUAAGUGUCGAGCACUUUUAGAUACUGGAUCUGGGAGCUCUUUCGCGUCAAGUACGUUAUUGAAUACAAUUGGAAAAAAGCCAGUGAGACAGGAAUUUAAAUCAAUUGAGAUGAUGUUCCAAACUACAACAAGGAAAAUUGAUGUGUACGAAGUCGAGAUUGCAGAUGUUGAGGGAAAAUUCAAGAUGCCAUGUGAGUUGAACCGGAUCGAGAAGGAUGUGCUAAUGACUUUGCCAAACCCCAGGUACAAGGAACUUAUUAAAUCUUAUGAACAUCUUCGAGGAGUCCAUAUGAAUGACGGAGACGAGAAAGCACUUCUACCUGUUCACCUUAUCUUAGGAGCCAGUGAUAUGUCCAGAGUCAAGACAUCAGAACCAGCCAGGGUUGGAGACGAUGGGAUGCCAGUUGCCGAGAAAACCGCGUUGGGAUGGACCAUCAUGUCACCGGGACGAGAGAUGAAUCAUUCCUUCCUGAUGUUCACCAAAAGCUCUCAAGAAGACUACAUGCAUCUUUGCAGCUUGGAUGUGCUAGGAUUAGAAGACCGUGCCGAAGGAGAUCAAGGAAGCGUUUAUCAGGAGUUUAAGGAACAGCUUACUAAGCGAGAAGACGGUCGAUACGAAACGUCAUUACCAUGGAAGGCUAAUCAUCCAGAGCUUCCGACCAAUUACCAUGUUGCUAAGCGGAGAUUUCAGUCAUUAUUCAACCGGCUUGAUAAACAACCAGAACUGCUAGAGACUUACCACAGUAUCAUAGAGAAUCAACUUGAGGAAGGAGUCAUUGAAGUCGCACCAGAGAAAGCAGAGAGAAGCCGAGAGCAUUAUAUCCCACACAAGCCUGUAGUACGAGAGCAUGCCGAGUCUACGAAAGUAAGAAUUGUUUACGAUGCUUCGGCAAAAGCUGAUGAAAAAUCACCUUCGUUGAAUGAUUGCUUGGACAUUGGUCCCCCACUCCAAAGGCGAAUCCUAGAUAUACUAUUACGCAGUCGAAUGAGACCAAUUCUCUUGGCUGGUGACAUAAAACAAGCAUUCCUACAAAUUGUGAUCAGGGAGAUCGAGCGAGAUGUAAUGAGAUUUUUAUGGAUAAAUGAUCUACAACGCAAAGAGAUGAUGGUCUAUCGCAUGACCAGAGCGAUGUUUGGGCUAGGCCCAAGUCCAUUUCUACUCGGAGGAACUUUGAAUGUUCACCUCGAGAAGUAUGUACAGCAAUAUCCACAGUGUGUUGAAGAAUUGUCCGAAGGAACUUAUGUUGAUGAUAUAAACAUUGGAGGUGACACAGUUGAAGAGACUAAAGUACUCAAAGAGCAGGCAAAAGAGAUUCUUAGUGAGGGAAGUUUUAUGUUGCACAAAUGGCAUUCUAAUGCGGUGGAGUUAGAGAGUGACAUCGUGGAAGACGGCGAAUCUACUUAUGCCAAAGAAACUUUAGGAACUAAACCAUCUGAUACUAAACUGCUGGGGUUGGGAUGGAACAAGAAGGAAGAUACUUUGUUUGUAUCACUACCGAAACAGAAUGUAGAAAUGACCAAACGAACAGUCCUUCAAACAAUGGCGAAACUGUAUGAUCCUCUGGGUAUAGCUGCUCCGUAUUUACUCACGGCGAAAGUAAUCUUCCGGGACGUUUGCGAUCGGAAACUUGGAUGGGACGUUGAGCUGCCCAAAGAUCUUAAAAGCCGAUGGGAGAGAUGGUUAGACAGUCUGCCAAGUGUGUUAACCUUCCCAAGAAGCAUUCCUCGAGAGAGAGCAUCAAUUACCGAGAUUCACAUUCAUGGGUUUGCCGAUGCCAGCAUUCUGGGAUGUUGUGCUGUUAUCUAUGUAGUGGCAAAGCAGGGUGA